UUGACAACAGAACAAGAUGAUUAAACUAAAUUUAUUUUUACUUUUUAUAAAACUUGUUUUGUCAAAAAGUUCUGUUGAUAUAAAACUAACAGACAUAAUACAAAGUCACAAGGGACCAGUGCAAGGUAAAAUAUUAAAUUAUGUGCAAAAUUCAUCAAUUGAAUAUUCAGCAUUUGAAGCAAUACCUUUUGGCAAACCUCCCAUAAAUGAAUUACGAUACCAGCCUCCUAUUGAAGUUGAAGCAUGGUCAGAAACACUUAUGGCAACAUCAAAUGCUCCAUAUUGUCCACAAAUAGGAAAUGAUGGAACUGUUAUAGGUGACGAAGAUUGUCUCUACUUAAAUGUCUAUUCACCAUUGACAACAUUCAAUGAUAUUAGUGAUAAUAACUUGCUCGCUGUAAUCGUAUGGAUUUAUGGUGGUUCAUUUGCUUGGGGGACAAUUACUAGUAAAAUAUAUGGACCUGAUUUUAUAGUUAGUGAUAAUGUCGUUCUCGUUAAUAUGAAUUACCGUCUUGGACCAUUGGGAUAUUUAACAUUGGAUAUUCCUGAAGCAACUGGAAACAUGGGUAUGAAAGAUCAAGUUCUUGCUUUAAAAUGGGUACAAAAAAAUAUUAAAAAAUUCGGAGGUGAUCCAAAUAAAGUGACAAUAUUUGGACAGAGUUCAGGAUCAGAUAGUGCCAUGCUUCAUCAAUUAUCACCUGCUGCUAAGGGACUUUUUAGAGGUGUUAUUGCCAUGAGUGGAGUGCCAUUAAAUCCUUGGGGAUUUAGUUCAAUUCCACGGGCAAUGGAACAAGCUUUUGAUAUUGGUAGACGAAUUGGAUUUGAUACUUUUGAUAAAAUAGAACUUUAUAAAAGAUUAAAAAAUGCAACGGUAGAUGAACUUGUCUAUGCAACAGACAAUCAAACUGAUUCAAAAUAUCAAAUUCCAACGUUUGGUCCAACUUAUGAAAAUCCUUCGAUUGCUAAAGACAUUUUUUUAUCACAAUGUCCAUUGAGAAUUUAUCAAUCAGGCGAUUUUUUUAAAAUACCAAUAAUUCUUGGUUAUACAAAUGCAGAAGCACUUUAUUUUGUUAAUUACACUGAGUAUGUGGAUUCUGUUAGGGAUAGUAAAAAAUAUCUAAAAAUUAUAGGAUUAGAAAAUUCACCAAAUUUUGAUAUUUUUAAUACAAUUUUAAAAAAUUCCGAUGUGAAUGAAAAUGAUAUAGAUUUGCAAAUGUUGUAUGCAGCUAUCAACACAACUACUGAUUUUAGUUUCGUCGCUGGUAUCGAUUCAGUGCAAAGAUAUAAUGUUCAACAUUCUACAUCACCAAUUUAUUACUACCAAAAUUCAUUUGACUACAAAGAAUCACGUCAUAGACUUGCAGGAAAUGAACUUAACGGAACGGCUCACUCAGACGAUUUACUACAAAUAUUUUGGUACAAAAAUCAACCUUUAAAUCCCAACAGUCGUAUUGGUAUUCAAAGACGAAAAAUGGCUAGACUAUUUACAAAUUUUGCAAAAUAUUUAAAUCCAACACCAAAUGGUACAUCAGACCCUUUGUUAAAUGUAGCCUGGAUGCCUUCAGGUCCCGAAGGCUUACAACUAGAAAUUGGAAAUGGAAAUCUAACAAUGGUACCAAGGACAAUAAGUGAUACUGUCAAAGAAUUACAAUCAUCACUAGAAUUGUAUGAGAGUUUAACAUGUUCAUAAAAUGACUCAAAAAAAAAAAAAAAUAAAAACACUUUACUCACCUCA